AUGCUCAGCCCAGGGUGGAUUUUGGGUCGGGGGGCUCGGAGGGGGCUGAGCUCGGGGGUCUCCCCCGGGCCGGGGGGGGCUCGGCCGUUCGAGGAGAUGCCGAGGGCGGGGAGGAACCGCUGGGUGAACCUGCUGAGCCUCUGGAGCCGGGGGGGCUUCCAGGAGUUCCACCGGCACAUGGAGCGGGGCUUCCAGCGCCUCGGACCUGUCUACAGGGACACUGUGGGGUCCCUGGACUGUGUGAACGUGCUCCUGCCCGGGGACGCCGCUCAGCUCCUGCGGGCAGAGGGACCCUUCCCCCGCAGGAUGGGAAUCGCGGCCUGGAGCGCGCACCGGAGCCUGAGAGCGCAUCGCUGCGGGUUGUUCCUGCUGAACGGCCCCGCGUGGCGCUCGGACCGCCUGGCUCUGAACCGGGCCGUGCUGUCUCCGGCCGGCGCUCGCCGAUUCCUUCCCCUGCUGGACUCGGUGGCCCGAGACUUCGCCGAGUCCCUGCGGGUUCGGGUCCGGGAGACCCCCGGGGGGGCUCUGACCAUCGACCCCCACCCGCUGCUCUUCCGCUUCACCCUCGAGGCCAGCAGCUACGCUCUUUACGGGGAACGGCUCGGACUUUUGGGGGGCUCGGAAGUUUGGGGGGCUCAGAGAUUUUUGGGGGCUCUGGAGGAGAUGUUGAAGACCACCCUGCCCCUCCUUUUCCUGCCCCCCUCUUUGCUGAACCUGCACCCCCCGAUCUGGCAGCGUCACCUUCGUGCCUGGGACGUCAUUUUCCAGCACG